AUGGCAGAUGUCAACAAGUCUCCAAAAGAAAAUAAUCCUUUUCUCUUUAAUGGAGGAAAUGAUGAAGAAAAGAAGGCCCAAACACUAGCAGUGUUGGACAAGUUUGUCACACAGUACAUCUACCCAACAUCAGAUGAAGACAACAUGGAAUCCUCAGAUGAGGACAGCACAGAUGGUGUCUUCAACUAUGCCCUCAACCUACUGAAGUCCUUUAUUAUCCUUCUGGAUUGCAAGGAUGCUGUAGCAUCUGGAAAUGGAGAACAUUUAGCACUAAUCCAGAAACAGAUAUUGUUUUACUUCUCAUCUAUUUCUGGAUUUAAUUCGUAUGCUAUCGAAAUGCUUAUCUCUACAGUACAGAAUGAAGUCCUACUCUCGCCCAGAGAGGCGCAUCAGUGCAAGUGGGCAGCAUUGACUAAUUGGAAAGGAGGAAAAGACUAA